AUGGCUCCAGACAAAACCCUAGGGUAUCAUCACCCUAGGGCCACGCGGCCGUCGUUGCUUUUGCCGCCAGUUCACUCCGUUUCAGCUGCUUCCAUGACGUCCACCAAAGGCUUCCAGAAGAGCCCUUCCAGCCGCACACGUCGCUCUAUAGUGAGUCACCACUGGAAAUCCGGUGACUCACUAAACAACCACCUUAUUAACUGCAGUCAAGCUGCAUCAUUCCGUUGGGAGCUUCGAUUUCCUCAGCCACUCAAACAACCACAUGGGCUUCGCCUUUCUGUUGGAGUUUGGCUGGACGGAAAAGGAAAGAACGCUAACCAAGUUAUAUGGACAGCAAACCGUGAAGAUCCGCCCUUCACUUCAGAAGUUAUUCUGAUGAUAAAUGAGAAAGGAGUGGUUCUUUUGACUGUUGAGAGCCGAGAGAAGAUACUUAUUGCUAAUGGAAACCACUCGGAUGCCUUCUCUGCCUCCAUGCUAGAUUCAGGCAAUUUUGGCUCCUACAACUCAUCAACAACAUGGAUUCGUCCAUCUACCGCACAAUUAAUGGUUUAUUUUUUCAAGAGGAGAGCUACAGUGACUACAACUAGAGCAGCAGCAGCAAGAAGAAUAUUGUUUACAGUGCAAGCCUUGAUGUUGAUGGAAAUUUCCGGUUAUAGCGAAAUGAUGGAUUUCAAACGCAAUGCUGCGUGCGUUGGUGAAUUCCUGCCUUACUGCGCAUGCCUUCCCUGGAUCGAUCCAAAUCAGAACACAAUCGGCUGCAAGAGAAAUUAUUCGGAAGGAGGGAAGGCCAAUAUACCCAUUUAUAACAUCACAUUAAUGCAAGCGCAGUUCGAGAGAGUUUGCAGGAAACAAAAGCUCUCACUCAGGUAUUUGCUACGAGACACUGAUGCUCAAAUGAAUGCUACUGUUUUAUUAAAGGUUGGAAUCAUAAGCCUUGAAGCACAUAACGACACUGCUUCCCCUGAUUUAAAGCCACCCAAGUUCAAAAUCAAAAGGGAAAUUUCGGUCGUGCAAAUUCUCGUUUUAUCUUCCGUUCUCGUGGAAGAUGGUGAAAAAGAGUUCCAAGCAGAAACACGAGCAAUCGGUAGAGCUCACCACAGAAAUCUAGUUCGACUAUUGGGAUACUGUGCGCAGGAUUCCAAGAGGCUUUUUGUGUAUGAGUAUAUGGGCAAUGGAUCCCUUGCAGACCUACUUUUCAAGUCAACAAGGCGCCCAUAUUGGAACGAAAGAAGAAGAAUAGCCCUUGAUGUUGCUAGAGGAAUCCUCUACUUACACGAGGAAUGUGAGACCCCAAUCAUUCACUGUGAUAUAAAGCCGCAAAACAUAUUGAUGGAUGAUUCCUGGAGAGCUAAAAUGUCAGACUUCGGGCUGGCAAAACUGUUGAUGGGAGAUCAUACAAGGACAUUCACAGUAGUGAGGGGAACUAGAGGGUACAUGGCACCAGAAUGGAAUAAAAACACUCCGAUCUCCGCGAAGGCCGACAUUUACAGUUUUGGUAUCGUGCUUUUGGAAACAGUGUUUUGCCGACGAAACAUAACACCAAUGCAUCAAAACCAGAGGAGAUCAUUCUGUCGAGUUUGGUUGAAAGAGAGAUGGAUAAGCUUGUGGCGGAUGAAGAAGUGGACAAGGAAAGCUUGGAAAGAAUGGUGAUGGUGGCACUCUGGUGCAUUCAAGAUGAACCAGCUCUUCUCACUUCAAUAAAGACUGUAGUUAUGAUGCUAGAAGGGAUUACCGAUAUAUGUAUUCCUCCAUGUGAUGU